GGCUGGGGCGAAGCUAGACUGCAGUCGACAGGUGGGCAAGGUUGAGCUCUGCGAGGUCGAGUCCCGUACAAGAACUGGGCCGAAAGCGAUGUGGGUCAGGACUACACUGACGAUUAGAAGGUGGACUGAGGAAAAGAUUCGGUGCAAAGCUGAUGUGUGGGACAAGAGCGACAGCUCCGAUACAGACAGGUUGCCCAGCUGGAAGAGAGGACGGCUUCUGGCUAGGGUGUCAUCCAGCACUGACCUGUCUACCUUCUCCUCUGAAGGUGGGUCUAGCACUGACCUGUCUACUUUCUCCUCUGAAGGUGAAUGCAAGACUGAAAGGUGCUGCUGGAAACAUAAGCCGUGCGCUGGGCAUAUCAUCCAUCCCUUCUCGGACUAUGGCCACCAUAACCUGCACCUCCACACUAUCAGCCACUGUGACUGUGACUCUAGGCUGAAUUCAGAGAAGGCAAAUAGCAGCAGUUCCCAAGAUGUGGGCCGGACCUGCUCGAGAGAUGGGGGCUCAACCUGCUUCAACAUCAUCCAUACCCCUUGUUUUGAGCUCAUUUCAGAUGAGUGUAUGGAGCGGUCCUGGAAUGGCUGGUACAAAAGCUAUAGGCCUGUCUCUGUGGCAGUGAUCCACCAUCCCAUCCACCAUGAAUGUGUAGCAGAUGAUCUAAAUGAGGAGGAGGAGGAGGAAGAAAGCCAGUCUCCCAUACUGAUGCAAGUGGCUCCCAUUGCCACACCUCCUGACCCAGACAUCAGCCCAGGGACUCCUGAGUUAGCAGUGCCCAUCACCAUCUGGCGCUCAGACAGCCCCACAGAGAAGAGCCAGGGCAACAAGGUCAUCCAAAAAGUAAAGAAGAAAAAAGAAAAAGAUGAGAUGAUGGAUGAGAAGGCAAAAUUGAAGAAGAAAGUCAAGAAAAGUAAGCUGACUAAGAAGAGAAGCCCAGUGAAAUCAGAGUCUUCACCUGCAGACUUGAGUAGAUCAGUAAGCCCCAGAGAGUUGGCCAGGACAUCAGAGUCCAGCCCAGAAAGCCGAGAAGAACUGGAGAGUGAGGACAGUUACAAUGACCGGGGCCAGGAGGAGCCCUCCAGUGAGGAUGCUGUGGAGUCAUCAUCGCCCAAGAAGAGAGAGAAGUGUACCGCCCAGGCCAAGAAGAAUGGAACAAAAAACUCACAAACCAAGAAGGUUACCAAAAGAAAAUCUCCCCCAGUGUCCAAGCCCCAAUCACAGCUGAGGCCAGGGUGAUGAGUAAAGAAUAAAUGGUAUCAAACCUA